CCGUGUGGUGCGAAACAGCUAACCUCCCCAGCGUCGUCCUCCGACUUGCACACUAACGCAAAGCCUCUCCUCUUCCAGCGACGCGAAACAGACCCCCGACCGGAACUGGGUUCUAGUUCGUAAAACGUGGAACUCUCGUCCUUCGUCAGCUUCCGAUCGGGGGAUUUGCCGUUUUGAUGGGUUUUUCAGGAAUCGGAAAUCCCAGGCUUGGAGAUCUAUACCUAGAGAGGUUUCAUUUUGUGGUUCUGGGUUUCUUGAGCUUGCUUAGAUCAUUAAGAUUGCAGAGAUAAUGGGGAGACAUCGAUGUUGGAUUGAGCUUGAAUAUGUACCUCGCAGUUCCUUUCGGCAGGAGUGUAGCCCGUAAAGUUUGUCGAUUUUUCUUCGUGUCACGAAAACUUUGCGACGGGAGCUUCGGCGGUGAAGAGACCGAUAAUGGUUUCCAUCAUAUCGAAGAACCCCUGAACAGAACCUGGGAAGUUUUGGACUCGGAUGAUGUUUUUAACGAGAAGCUGGAUAUGCCCGAACACGAGGGCGGUGCCCGAAGGGAUUUUUCAGUUAGGAGAAGUUUUUUAGAGAGAGCCAGGCUUGAUGCUUCGCGGGUUCUCGAGAUUUUACUGCAAGAUGAGCCGGGAUUCAAUACGAAAUCGGCUUUAGAUGAGUUGAGUGUUAGAGUAUCGGCUUUUCUCGUGAGACAGGUUCUUCUCGGGAUCUUGAGGGCCAUAAGUUAUGAUAGUAAAACCAGGCGUGCGAAACUAGCGUAUAAGUUCAUCAUCUGGUCUGGCCAGCAAGAGAAUUUCAGACACACAGCAAACUCCUAUCAUUUACUUAUGAAGGUAUUUGCAGAGUGUGGGGAAUAUAAGGCAAUGUGGAGGCUGGUUGAUGAGAUGAACAGUGAAGGUUACCCAACCACUGCACAGACAUUUAAUAUAUUGAUAUGUACUUGUGGUGAAGCAGGCAUCGCAAGAAAAGUUGUGGACCGAUUCAUCAAGUCGAAGAAUUUCAAUUUCCGGCCAUACAGACACUCCUAUAAUGCAAUUCUGCAUUCGUUGUUGGUGAUAAAACAGUACAGAUUGAUUGUGUGGGUUUAUCAGCAGAUGUUAGCGGAUGGGUUUUCACCAGAUGUUCUGACUUAUAACAUCCUCAUGUGUGCAAACUAUAGGUUAGGGAAACUAGAUCGGUUUUAUAGGCUGUUUGAGGAAAUGGGUCGAGAAGGGUUUUGUCCAGAUCUCCAUACAUACAACAUUCUCCUCCAUUUUUAUGGGAAACGAGAUAAACCUCUGGCUGCUCUCGAGCUGCUCAGGCAUAUGAGGGAAGUGGGCAUGAGCCCUAGCAUGCUCCAUUUCACCACGUUGAUAGACGGCCUGAGUCGAGCUGGAAACUUAGAGGCUUGCAAGUACUUUUUCGACGAAAUGGUGAAAACAGGGUUCAUACCGGACGUCGUUUGCUACACUGUGAUGAUCACAGGGUAUAUCAUGGCCGGGGAGUUUGAGAAGGCUCAAGAGUUGUUCAACGAGAUGACGCUUAAAGGACAACUGCCUAACGUUUUCACGUACAAUUCCAUGAUACGAGGGUUUUGUAUGGCGAAAAAGUUCAAAGAGGCAUUGGCAAUGUUCAAGGAAAUGAAAUCCAGAGGGUGUGAACCGAAUUUCGUGGUGUAUAGGACGCUGGUGAGUUAUCUACGGGACGCUGGCAUGCUUUCAGAGGCUCGCGAGGUAAUAAGAGACAUGGUGGAGAAAGGACAGUAUGUUCAUCUUGUUUCAAAGAUCAGAAAGUAUAGGAGAUAUGAUUAGCAUAUGAUUCAAUUUCACCAUAUCCUGAAAUAAUUUUUGUAUUACCAGUGGGGGUGUUCUGAAAUUUUGCUUAAGAAGCAGAUGAGGAAAAAGUGAAGAGAUUAUUCACAUGUUCUUGUAUUUUGGGUUUGUAGCUUUGAUUCUUUUUCUCCUUCUAAACAAAGAGAAAAAGCUCCUUCCUCUUUUAA